UCGUCCGAAAAAAAUCUUUUUCUUUCUCUCAAUUUCUCUGUUUUUCUCUCCUUUUCAAUUCAAUCUUCUAAUUUCACCUGUCCACCAUCAUCACCAUUAUUAUUAUUAUCAUCAAGAUCAUAAUGGAUUCAAAGGAUAAAAUACUAAACUUGUUGUCGGUUUUGAAAAAAUAUUCAACAAACAUAAAUCAUUUGGAUUCAAAUAAUUUUCAAAAGUUAUUCAACCUGAUAUUUGAACAUUUUUAUAACAUUAGUUACGGAAAUCAACUUGUUAAUGAUAAUCAACAACAACAACAACUUGCUUUCACUAAUUCGGACAUUACACUUUCUUCAUCAAUUGGUUGUGGUGGUGGUGGUGAUGUCGUUGAUGAUGAUCAUCAUCAUAAUGAUGAUGAUGAUGAUGAUAAUAAUCAACUACGAAAAUUAUUAGAAAAUUCUACCAUAAACAACGAUGAUGAUAAUUAUUAUUUAUUGGCAAAAUUUUUACUGAAAUUUUAUUCAGAAAUUUUUCAAUUAAAUUUAAAAACAAAAUCAUUGAAAAAUCUACUAACAAAAUCUGAAUGGUCAGAUGAAAAAAUUGAACUGUUUAUUGAACAUUAUCAAAAAAAUUCUUUAAAAAUUUUCAAUCAACAAAAAUCACGUUCAUUUGAAUUAUCAACAAAAUAUUUAUUAAAAAAUUUAGAUCGUAAACUAAAAAUCCUAAGUGAUCAUUCGCAAACAUCAAAACCAAAAUUACCAUUAUGUGAAAUUAAUUUUCAAUUCAAUAGCAAUGAUGAUGAUGAAGAUUCGAAUAAUUUAAAAAAUUUAACAUUAACAUUUAAUCAUUCGGAAUUUGUUUAA